GAAAAUUGCCGCUAGAAAAACGUGUUCUUUUCUCUUGUAUCCUAUCGUUCUUUGACGCAAGUCUUUUCAAAGAAUCGCGAAAAUGGCAGAGGCAGAUGAAACUCAAAAAAAGAAGAGGACCUUUAGGAAGUUCACCUUCCGAGGGGUCGAUCUUGAUCAACUCCUGGAUAUGCCAAAUGAACAGCUGAUGGAUUUGAUGCAUGCUAGAGCACGUAGACGCUUUUCUCAUGGCUUGAAAAGAAAGUCUAUGGCUCUUGUCAAGAAGCUACGCAAGGCAAAGAAGGAAACGCCACCUAACGAAAAACCUGAGAUUGUAAAGACGCAUUUGCGUAACAUGAUUAUUGUUCCAGAAAUGGUUGGCUCGAUUGUUGGUGUAUACAAUGGUAAAACUUUUAACCAAGUUGAAAUCAAACCAGAAAUGAUCGGCCAUUAUCUUGGAGAAUUUUCUGUUACAUACAAACCUGUUAAACACGGUAGACCUGGUAUUGGUGCUACUCAUUCUUCACGAUUUAUUCCACUCAAAUAAAAUGUAUUUGUCUAUCUUGUACCAAUAAAUUAUCAAAAAAAUGGAA